AUGGAUACUCAUUUGUGUAUACACGUAAAUACAUACAUACUUACAUAUGGGGCUAUCACCACGCUUCUACGGGAUCGUCAAUUUGUCGGGUCAAGUUUAUUGCGUCAGCUACUUUUGAGAGCCUGGUAUCUGCACAGUAUAAAUAUCGGCACCAACUGUUGUUUCAGACAUUGCAGUUUCAGUAUUUGCAACAUGAAGUUCUACGCUCUCUUUGGAUUCGUCCUGGCUUUAUUGGCUAUGGCUUUCGCCAAUCCCAACCCUAAUCCUGAGCCUCUGCCCGGCGGUGGUGGCGGCGGUGGCGGUGGUGGUGGCCUGAACCUUGAACUUGGCGGAGGUGGCGGUGGUGGCGGUGGCGGCGGCAAGUAAACAAACUGCCAACGCAUUGCUUAGCUUAAAUAAUUGGUAAUUGGCUAUACCAGUUUGGUCCACGGAUUUUGAACAAAUUACUUUAAUAAACCUAAUUUGAAUACUGAAAAAAUGA